UAUGAAAAAACAAAAAUUCGAAGAUCGAGUAUAUAAAGUAGUUACUCUAGGAGAAGGCAGAGUUGGAAAAACAUCAAUAAUAACAAGAUUCUUUCAUAAUUCUUUUUAAGAAUAAACUUAGGAAACCUCAGAUGGUUAUUGUAAAGAGAAAACCAUUUAGACUAAAAAAGGACCUAUUGAUUUAGCCAUCUGGGUAAUGUUUACAUUAUAUACAUAAAGGAUACAGCAGGCUAAGAGAAAUAUCAUAGUUUAGCACCUCUUUAUUAUAGAAAUUCAGAUGCUGCGAUAAUAGUAUAUGAUAUCACAGUCAAAGAAACAUUACAAAAGGGACGUUAAUGGAUAUAAGAAUUAAAGUAAUUGGCAGAAAAUGACAAUAUGCUAUUAGUUAUAGUGGGUAAUAAAUGUGAUAUGCACAUUCAUAAAGAUGUAGAAUAAUCAUGUAUUAUUUGUAAUAUAACAAUUAUUAGAGAUUGAUGAAUUAUGUAAUUAAUAUAAUGCAAAGCAUUUUUUAGUUUCAGCUAAAUCUGGGAAGGGAAUAACAGAAGUUUUUGAUUAUCUUGCUAAUGGUAAAUUAAUAUAUGAAAAUUUAGAGUUGAUGUAAUUUGUAAAAUAAACAAAAGAAAGAAGUAGUUUAUAAUAAGGAAAGAAGAAAUAAUAAUAAAAUGAUGGUGGAGGAUGUUGUUGA